GGUAGCUUUAAAUGAGGAGAAAUCAAAAUAUUUAUUGUACAAAAGUGAUUUAAAAAAGGUUCAAAUUUAACAAAAGAGGUAAAAGCUCUGAAUCAAGUACUGAAGGUACAUUGAAUAACACUGCUCAAUUGAUUAUGCUAUCUCUGCCGUACUUCUAUGCAAAUCACAAUAAGAGAUAAACGAUAUUGAAAAAAUGGAAAUAGAUAAUAUGGGGAGUGAGGGUCAUUCUGCGAUAUAAAAAGAUCCUCAAGGAUUAAGCCUAUUUUGAAUAGUUGUUCAGACUACCAAAAAGAAGAAAGUUGUCGUCUCCGACAUCUGGAUAUAGGAGUCCAAAGAAGAGGAGGUUGCCAGCACCUUCUGGCGACACCUUUAAUUUCACAAUUAUUAAUAAAGAUUUUCAAGAGGACACUAGUCGUUGCAAGACGAGUCGAAAAAUUAAAAAUCAACUCUCGGAAAAUUUCUAAAAAUCAAUAUACUAUUAAAAUUUGAAAUAGUAAGAGCAAAGAUUAGAAAGAUUAAGAACUAAUAGUUUACAUCAGUUGUUGAAUUCGUAAUAGAAUCAAUCCUUAACCACAGCCAGAACUCAAUCUGUUUUGAUAAGGAAGAUGAGAAUAAAAAGGCAAUCAAUAUAAUGA